AUGUGGGUGUUUGGUUACGGUUCUUUGCUUUGGAAUCCUAAUUUUCCAUACGUGCAGAAAAUUCCUGGCGUCGUUACCGGAUAUGCUCGUAGAUUUUGGCAGUUAAGCCCUGACCACCGAGGAACUCCUGAGAAGCCUGGCCGUACUGUGACACUAGUACCUGAUAAGAAGUCGUAUUGCUGGGGACUGGCAUUCCAAGUAGCAGAAGAUCAAGUAGCAGCUACUAGACAAUACUUGGACUUCCGUGAAAAGGCUGGCUAUUCCUUGACCAAAAUGUUGUUCAAACCAGAUGACUCUUCUAUAGACCCAUUUGAAGUCGAGGCGUAUGUGUCAGAUUGUAAUGGGGAGCAUUAUGCAGGACCCACUGACCUCGAAGAUAUUUGUCAGACUAUAAUCGGCAGUGAGGGACCAUCAGGGUCGAAUAUAGAAUACGCACUUUUAUUGGCAGAUACACUUCAUAAGCAGGCACCUCAUGCUCCCGAUCAACAUGUUUUCGAUGUAGAGCGACGAGUUUUGGAGUUGUGCAGCUCUAGUGGAACACGUAAAGAUGUCCUCUCAAAAAUGGACCGAAAGGAUGAAAGACAACAAUGA